AUGAGCACACUGAAGAGCGUGGGGGGGUGCCCACAGGGGCCCCCUCUGCGGCGGCACAAGGGCGAGGAGCAGCAGCAGCAGCAGCGGCAGCAGCAGCAGCAGCAGCAGCGGCAGCAGCAGCAGCAGGUGCGAGAGGCAGUCUUUGCCGCGCUGCCUCAGUUGGUGGCGUUUCUUUGUGCCUUUGCAGCAGCUGCAGCAGCUGCAGCAGCUGCAGCAGCUGCUCUUGCUCUUCAGUCUCAGGGGCCUCCAGCAGCAGACACCGUUGCUGCUGCUGUUGCUGCUGCUGCACUUGUUGGAGCUAGUGGGCCCCGCUGGGCCUUGAAAGGCGUUUACGAGGUGCAGCUGCAGCAGCAGCAGCAGCAGCAGCAGCAGCACCGCAGCAGCAGCACUGCUUUGCAAGCUAUUCUUCUUGUGUCUUCCCUACUUAUCCUCUGGGGGGCCUCCGCUGCUAUCGCAGCAGCAAUAACAACAGGCUUACGCUGCUGCGCGCUGCAGCUGCAAAGCAGCGCUGAGCAGCAGCAGCAGCAGCAGCAGCAGCAGCAGCAGCAGCAGCAGCAACUGCAGCAGCAGCAGCAGCGAAACGCCGCUUCUGAAGAUACAGCUGCACACGUAGCAGCAGCUCCCAAACCCACCUCAGUGGGGGCCCCUCUGGGGGCCCCACUGGAGGCCCCUCUGGGGGCCCCCUUGGGGGCCCCUGUGGGGGCCCCCUUGGGGGCCCCUCUGGGGGCCCCCUUGGGGGCCCCUGUGGGGGCCCCCUUGGGGGCCCCUGUGGGGGCCCCUGUGUGCUGCGCGUGUUGCGGGUUUGUGGCUUUGAAGUGGGACGUGCGGAGCAGCAAAGAAAGCGAAGAGGCCCUCAAAAGCCUCCAGGGGUUUAUUGGGGGGCCCCUGGGGGGCCCCCUGGGGGGCCCCCUGGGGGGCCCCCUGGGGGCCCCCCGGCUGCACGCGGUUGUGUGUGGGGCGGGAGCAGUGGAGCGCGAGGCCUUCCUUUCCGAGGCCAACGAAGAAUUUGCAGUUAAUUUCUUUGGGGCCCUCAGGGUGGCGCAUGCGCUGCUGCCGCUGCUGCGGGGAGAUAGCUUGACCGGCUCUGCUGCUGCUGCUGCUGCUGCUGCUGCUGAAGGGGCAGCGCCAGCAGCAGCAGCAGCUGCAGCCGCAGCAGCAGCAACUGGAGGUUCCCCGGGGGUCAGCAGCGUGCUGCUGGACUGUCUGUCUUCUUUCUUUGGCAUUUCUUUUUCUCUGCCGAGCCGCAUUAUCUUUAUCACUUCUGCUGUUGCUGCUGCUGCUCCCCCGGGGCAGGCCAUCUACGCAGCAACAAAAGCAGCAGCAGCAGCAGCAGCAACGGGACUCAGCAGCGAGCUCCGCGGCACCAAUGUCCGCGUUGUUUGCGUAGCACCAGGCGCAGCAGCUACAGCCCUCUUCUCGCGGAAGCCAUUUGCUGCCAAAAGCCAAAGGCCUCAAGGGGCUGUGCAGCAGCAAGUGCUUGACAGCCAAAGCGCAGCAGCAGCAGCAGCAGCAGCAGCAGCAGCAGUGGGAGAAGCAGCGCUGCGCCGGCAGUGGGGCCACUUCAGCAGAAACAGCGGCUUGGGUAGCAACUGCAGCAACAGCAUCAAGGAUAAUCCUAUGCAGCAGCAACAGCAGCAACAGCAGCAGCAGCAGCAGCAGCAGCAACAGCAGCAGUAA